CUGGUCACAUUGGGAAAUUUUCGUAGUUUGCUUUGCUCCGGUCCCUCAAACUGAAAAACACCAACACCGAGGCACUGUGGAAAACAUUAAACUAUUAGAUUUACGUUUAAAAUGGCUGUCUGACGUUAGCGCACGGCAACGAGAAUCGAGUGGCAAAGUGCAUUAAAAUGGCUCGCAGCUGAAAAGUAGAGAAUAUGUAGCAGGGUAGCAUAGACCCUUUUCUCGCGAAAAAAAAAAUCGGUGCAAAGGAAAAACAAAACAAAUACACAGCCAAAUGCGAAUGUAAAUGUGAAGGCAAAAUUGAAGCGGCGCACCAUCAUAAAAACGCGAUAAGCCCGGCGCAACUCGACAGAUAAGCGGAGACGUUAUCGCCCAACUCAUCCAGUAUAAGAGAAGAAAAGUAAAGGCAACUGCCAGGUACCGGCACCCGGAGGACCCAAAGGGAGCAUGUCGCACGGCGGCGCCGGCGGCAGCGGCGGUUUGGGAGCGCAAACGGUAGUGGCCGGCAACCUUGGUGGCGGUGCAGCAGCAGCAGCGGCGGCGGCAGCAGCAGCGGCAGCAGCAGGUGGUGGCGGCGCAGGCGGUGGAGAGUACCGAGAACUCCACUGGACAGUAUCGAGUGUGAUGGACUCGUCGCGCGUCUCCACCUGCCUAAUAUCGAUGCUGCUGAUUGUUUACGGCAGCUUUCGCAGCCUAAACAUCGAGCAGGAGGCUCGGGAACGGGAACAGAAGAAGCGGAAUGAGUCGACGACUAAUCUCUUGACCGGCGAGCAGGUGGAGAAGGAGCCAACUGAUAAAUUCGCCACUCUGGACACGAUGCACGCCCUUUGCUUGCCACUAGGAGCAUCCAUAUCACUGCUUAUUAUGUUUUUCUUCUUCGACUCGAUGCAGCUGCUCUUCGCCGUGUGCACAGCCAUAAUUGCCACUGUGGCAUUGGCCUUCUUGCUGCUGCCCAUGUGCCAGUACAUCAUCCGGCCGUGUACGGACGGGAAGCGCUUUUCGUUUGGCAUAUGCGGACGCUUCACGGCAGCGGAACUCUUUAGCUUUACGCUCUCGGUGUCGAUUGUGUGUAUCUGGGUGCUGACCGGGCACUGGCUGCUAAUGGACGCUAUGGGUAUGGGCCUGUGUGUGGCUUUCAUCGCGUUCGUUCGGCUGCCAAGCUUAAAGGUGUCGACGCUGCUGUUGACCGGCCUGCUCAUCUACGACGUCUUUUGGGUUUUCCUCUCCUCAUACAUCUUCAGCACGAACGUAAUGGUCAAGGUGGCCACACGACCCGCCGAGAAUCCCGUCGGCAUCGUAGCUAGAAAAUUUAAUCUAGGAGGAAUCGUGCGGGACACGCCUAAGCUGAACUUGCCCGGAAAACUGGUGUUUCCCAGUAUUCACAACUCGGGCCACUUUUCGAUGCUGGGCCUGGGCGAUGUGGUGAUGCCCGGCCUGUUGCUGUGCUUCGUCCUGCGUUACGAUGCCUACAAGAAGUCGCAAGGCGUCACCUCGGAUCCCACGCUCUCACCGCCCCGUGGAGUAGGCUCUCGGCUAACAUAUUUUCAUUGUUCCUUAUUGGGUUACUUUUUGGGUCUGCUAACGGCUACGGUGAGCUCAGAGGUCUUCAAGGCGGCUCAGCCUGCACUACUGUACUUGGUGCCCUUUACGUUAUUGCCUCUUUUACUAAUGGCCUAUCUGAAGGGCGACCUGCGUCGAAUGUGGAGCGAGCCGUUCAUCGCGCAACCACCAUCAAAACAACUGGAAGUCUGAGUGUGCUCUUUCUCAAAGCAAAGAAAAACAAACGAAAUAUUGAAAAGGUUUAUUUUUCAAAAAACACACACAAGCAAAACAAGAUCUAAAGAAACGUUUGUCUCUUAACACAUUGAGUGUGAAUGUAUUUUUUAACUCAACUUAACUAAGUUUCGUUUUAAGUUAGGUGAUCCUCGUUUUCAUAGUGAAAUAAAACCACAACCGAGUAAUUAUAGUUUCUAGUGUAAGCAGAAAGUUUUAUAUAUGCAUAUACUACACCUACUACAUCCGGAAGUUCAUUCAAAUUGGCUUUAAGGUCUUCAAUCAUGCUAUUACGUAGAUAAGGAUAAAGAUCAAGCGAAAUAUUAGUUACAAUUCAUAGAGAUUAAUGCAUUCGUAUUACUAUUGUAUCAGUAAGCAUUCUAAUAAUGCAAAACGAUAGCGCAAGACUACAGACAUUUUGAGAUUCGAAUUUCGACAGCAUCCGCAUCCGCAUCCACAUCCAUUUCCAAAUCUGUUCUGGGCAGUAUGUUCUGUAAAUACUUAAGUUGCUUUAUGCAUAUUAUAAAGAUGUAUGUAUGUACGUAUGCAUAUUGAUAACGAACCACCAUGCAACAAAUAAUAGUUAGUAAGCUCGCCUUCACACUUUCGUUGAUUCUCGUUUCCGUAUCACAUGCCCAUUUCCGUCCUUCUUCCCUGUAAUCCCCUGUCUCCAUUAUCUUCAUAAUAUCGAAAUGAUGUUUUUGCCAAAUGCAUGUGUUCGUUGCAAACAAUAAAUAAGCAAAUAAAAAUACAGAUCAAUAAAAAAAAACAACAAACGACAGUUGCACUGCGUGACUUUCACAAAAAUUAUGUUUCAAGAAUUUACAUUUUUUACGUUUACAAAAUAAUAAUUAUGGUAUGCAUAUGGAAACGACAGUUACAUAUUAGUUCUAAGUAAAUGCAAUUUCGUAAAGUAUAGAAACAAUAAAAAUGUGAGAUUUAAACGAUAAA